GCAGUUGAUUAGACAGGCGGCGCAGUUGGUUAGGCGAUUUCGCGGAGAGCAAAACGCGCAGCGUGUACCGAGCAAGGCUGCGCGAGUAGCGCGAAACAAGCAAGAUCGGCGUCGGCGCAGAGAUGCGUUAGUGUCGCGCGCGUACGAUGUCGGGCGAUAUCGCUCGAUUGGAACACGAGCCAGCCGCGUCUGAGCCGCUAGUCGGAGGAGACGCUGUGUUCACCUUACAAGGCACCAAGCAGACAGCGGAGAGCGUAGCUCAAGAUGCCGUCGACCAAACAGGAUUUGGCAAGUUUAACCUUAAGGUUAUGGCCGUCAGCAGUUUGAUCUUCAUGAACGUGGCGUUCAGCAUAACUAGCAUUGGAUUCAUAUUGCCAUCGGCAGCAUGCGACUUUCGGAUGACCACGAUGGACAAGGGCCGGUUAAGCGCCGCCCCGAUGUUAGGUAUGCUGGCUGGUUCCUACAUAUGGGGGUGCUACGCAGCGAUAAAAGGACGAAGGCUAUCGCUGUUGGUCGCUUUGUUUCUCCAUGGAAUCUCCGAGUUAUUGGCGUCAGUGGUGCCUCUCUAUUGGGUCUUCCUGUUCUUAAAAUUUCUGAGUGGUGCAGCCAUGAACGGCCAAUCGGCGGUCGUCUUUCUGUACCUGGGUGAGUUCCAACCGACCAAGUACCGCAACAAGAUGCUCUCGUGGAUGGAGAUGGCCUGGGUACUAGGGAUGAUCAUUCUGGCAGGAGUCGGUUGGAUCAUCAUACCGUUGGAGGUGAACAUUCCAAUCGGAGGUGUGGUCUUUCAUUCGUGGCAUCUUUUCGUCUUCAUAUGCUCCCUGCCAGCUCUACUCACAGGCACGUGGCUGCUGUUCUUCCCUGAGACGCCCAAGUACCUCGCCGAGACGGGACAGAACGUCCAAAUGUUGGACGUGCUGAUGAGAAUGUAUUCGGAGAACAGCGGAGAACCUCCGAAGGAAUAUAUAACGAAACUCCGAAAUUGCGGAAACAACAACCUUAACGACCUGGUGCAUCGAAUAAUGCACACGAGGGAUCAGGACGACGUCGAGGAACAGUCGUUCCAGCUAAUGAUAAACGAUAUAUGGACGAAAACCGUAAUGAUACUGAAACCACCGUUUUUAUGUAGGACGAUAGUCGUGUGCUUGAUCGCGUGUUUCGUUACGUCGGCCUAUUACACGUUGACUCUGUGGCUACCAGAGCUGUUUCACAGAUACGCAGACUUCCAGGAGCAGUUUCCCAAUGAGACAGCCAGCGUGUGCACCUUGAAGAACGUGAAGAAUAACGCGACGGUGAUGAUGUCGGAUGAUCCGUUCAACUGCGAAUCCAGAGUACAAAUUAGCGUGUUCGUCCAUACGUUCAUCUUGGGAGCCUCUUGCAUCCCAACGGGUCUCAUAUUGCCGCUCCUGGUUAAUUAUGUAGGAUACAAAUUCUUCCUCGUGAUAACAGCUUUCGUGCCCGCUGUCGUGACGUCCUGCCUCUUCCUGGUGAAGACGUCCACUCAAAACUUGAUACUCUCUUGCAUCUACGAAUCGGUUACCUCCGUCUGCCUCAGCAUCGUAUACUGCCUCUUAGUUGAUCUCUAUCCGACGCACUUAAGAGCAAUGGCGGCUGGUUUGUCGGCUUUCAUCAGUCGAAUAGGUGCUAUAAGCGGUACCCUGAUGAUCGGGUAUCUGAUCGAUGAUUACUGCACGUUAGUGAUCAUCAUAGUGGCUGCUCAACUCUUCCUGAGCGGGAUACUGGCACUGUUCACGCCAGGUGGAAAGAAAUCGAACCCAGUCGCCGAGAAAUCUUAACGAACGUGACACUAUUCGCGUGGCCUUUAAAGAAAUAAAAGAAAGUAGAAAUCUUCUGUAUUCGUAAUACCGUAUUAUAAACGUCUAAGGUCAUAUUUUAACACGAUGUAAAUGCAUUUCAUGUAGAAACGAGACGAUAAGGUGCCUUAUAUACACGAAUCGUUCGCACUGCUCGAAACAAUUAACGCGAGACGUUCAGCACGCUGCUUAAGGGACUCGUUCGCUCGAAGCAUUACUUAAGCUGUACUUAAACGCGCGAUGACCUCUUCAAAUUUCAUUCGAACUACCUAAGAGACACAGUCCUCCGAUUAUUUCGAGCAGCGUGCACACUCCGCGCAAUCAAAAUAUAGGAAAAUAUGCGUUCGAACGCGAUUGAUAUCGUACGCAAUGUAUAUUCGUUCACGUUGCUGAUGAACGAUUUAGUGUAAUGCUGAUAUAAAGGCUUAGAAAAUGUACUUUAAGAGAACGAGGGUAAUUAACCGAAUCUUUUACGGAGGGAGCUUCUACUGUCGUACGAAAGCGCUCCUGCAUAGGUUAAUUAGAACUAAUACUUGCUUAUUUCGCGUGACGUACAGAAUUUUCGGAAAUACCCAGCGAGAGAAUAGAGGGAAUCGAGGCCGUCAUUUCUCGUCGCGUAAAGAGAGAUACACUUUAACAUGUUAAUAUAGACUACAAUAAAAUUCGUAUCGUAAAUUUACAUUUACAUUCCUUACAAGGAAUAAUUCGGGUGCUAUAAUUAAUUUUGAACUCGAUCAUGGGUGACUUUCCUUUCGUUGUACGGCUAAAGAACACCAAGCAAUAGAUUAACGUACUUAAUCGCGUUAAGAAGAACCAAACAAGAAGAAAAUGCUCAAUUAAACGACUAUGGCAACGAUCUCCUAUUGUAAAGGCAAGCGGUACGAUACUCGACUUAGAUGCAAUUGUAUGAUAACAAAGAGUUCUGAUUGUACCGAUAGACGAACCGCAAAUUGGGACGUCGAUCGCAUUUCCAGCUCGUGUUUUAUCUUAUACUCUAUUUUUCUGCGUGCGAGACUUUUUAUAUUGUAAACUGUUUAUAUGCCGGCCAUUUAAGCUCAAUAAAAAAAGUAUUCGUA